GACGUCAGAUACGUGCUCGUUCACGUCGGUUCCGUACGCGCGGUGCCUCUGCGUCAGUCUCGCGCCUCCUCGCUCCCGAUGCUCUCCUUUUCCCAACAACCAGAAGAUAGAUGUUCCGAUUUCAGUCCCUGGAUGACGACUGUACUCUGGAGGAAGAGGAUGAUGGGCUGAUUGAGGAGGAAGAUGAGAUCGAUCAGUUUAAUGACGACACGUUUGGAGCCGGCGCCAUCGAUGACGACUGGCAGGAGGAGCACAAGCGCCUGGCGGAGCUGGACGAGCGGGACGGGCUGGGCGCCAGGCGGGGCCAGGGGGGCGGAGACUCCUCCCCGGGCCCCGCCUCCACCGCCGUGGGUCGGCACCCUCCGCUCGGCUUCUCUUCGUCUUCCUCUGGACUGCCGGGUCACGACGAGCGAUCGGGAGGCGGCGACCUGGCCGAGUCUCUGGCCCGCUUCAUUCUGGACGCCGACCCGGCCAUCGCCGGCGUCGGAGCGGCAGAGAGGCGCGGGCCGGCCCCCGGGUCGGCCGGGCCGGUUCUGUCCGCGCUGCGGGGCCCGGACCAGCCCAGAGUCCUGCAGCAGCCCGCCUGCAUCCCCCCCAAACACCAGCUGCCCCCCGGACCCCCCGCCUCAGGCCUACCCGCCUCCUCCGUGCUCAGCUACCAGCAGCAGCAGCACCUCCUGCGCAGAGGAGCCGCUCCCAUGGGCCAGAUGAACUCUCACAGCAUCUGGGACAACAGCAUGGGCUUCGGGCCGGUCAGCGUCACGCCGGGACUCGUCACACACAUGGAGGACAGUCCACUGAUGUCCAUCAUCAAGGAGGUGGGGCUACCGAAGCGCCCUCCUCAGGGGAGGAGCGAUGAAGGUCACGACCUGUCAGAGAGAGCCCCGCCCCCCCCCCCCUCCUCCUCCCCUGUGAUUGGCUCUCCUCCGGUGAGGGCGGUGCCUAUCGGGACGCCGCCCAAACACCCGAUGAGCCUGAACCACCAGGUCCACCACCCCACGGCGGUCCAUGUGCGAGCCCCGGUCCAGCACCGGUACCCGGCUCCGUUCCCUGAGCGCCUCUCCCCCAACACGCUGCUCAACAUGGCCAAUUCUCCGUUGUGUCGCGGUCCGUUCCCUCCCAGAGUCGGUCCGGUUCUGUCUCAGCUCCAACGGGCUCAGCUGCUCAACUCCCAGGUGGCAGGUUUUCCUCGCGGCGGCCCCGGCCCUCCCCUGCUGGCCGGCGCCGGGUUCAGGCCCUUCUUCGGGGGCCCCCCUCCUCCUCACGGCCACAGGAUGGGCCCCCCGCCGCCGCACGGCCCCCCCAACCACACGGCGCCCAUCAGGCACAACACGACGCACCUCCACCCUCAGCACCGCCGCAUGCCGCAGCGCAUGCAGAGCCGCGGCGGCGACCGGGUCAGAACCGGGCUGGACCGCCGCAGCCGAGACCCGUACAGCAACCUGAUGAGCCAGAAGGAGAAGGAGUGGGUCACCAAGAUCCAGAUGAUGCAGCUGCAGAGCACCGACCCGUACCUGGACGACUACUACUACCAGAACUACUAUGAGAAGAUGGAGAAGCGUCAGGAGAAGGAGCGGGACAGCAGCAGGAAGGAGCACACCACCAAGCUCAUCACUCCGCAGGUGGCCAAGGUGGAGCACACCUACCGGCCAGUUCAGUUUGCGGGGUCUCUGGGGAAGCUGACCGUGUCCAGCGUCAACAACCCGAGGAAGAUGAUCGACGCCGUGGUAACGACCCGCUCCGACGACGAGGAGAAGAGGGAGAAGCAGGUGUGGAACAAGAGGCGCCAGGUGCUGUACACCGUGGAGAAGAUGUACAGUCUGCUGCUGGAGGUCCAGGACUUCGAGAAACGCUUCGUCCAAACGCCAGAGGAGGACAGAGACGCUCUGCUGGAGCAACACAAGAGCAACACGGAGCAACUGAGCAACUCGCUGCAGGACGGGGACUGGGAGGACAGGGUGAGCGAUGAGCAGUGUGUGAUGAUCCUGUCGGUGCGGAAAGGGAAGCGUCUCGUCUCCAGGCUCCUCCCCCUCCUGCCCGGGGCGCAGGCUGCUGGCGUUGUCAUGGUGAUUGCACGCAACCUCCCCGCCUUAGCGAAGAAGGACAAGCAGGACCAGGCGUUGUGCUGCCUGGUGGAGCCGGUCUCUGCAGUCAUCCAGUCUCUGUCCAGCUCCGCCCUCACAGACCUGCUGCAGGAGCUGCAGGGCGGCGAGGGCCAGCUGGCCGCCGCGCUGCAGAACAAGUUCGGCGUGACGCUGCUGUUUCUCAUCCUGAGCGAAGGAGAGCGCAUGCAGAGCUCCGACCCAAACUGUGAGCUCAUGGACGACAAUCGAUGGACUGAGUUGGUGUUCUCGGUGACCAGGGAGCUGCUCGGCGUCCCGUCUUCAUCGCUGGCUCCGCCCCUCUUCACGCCUCCCAACCUGCUGUCUCUGUUCUCGCGCUACGUGGAUCGGCAGAGGCUGGAGCUGCUGCAAGACAAGCUACAGAUCUCUGCUUCAUCCAGGUAGAAGUUACUACAUCAUCAUCGUCAACAUGGCCCCUCCCCACUCAAUGCAGAACUUUGGUGUGUGUGUAAGGGUGUGUGUGUGUGUGUGUGUCAGGGUGUGUGUGUGUGUGUGUCAGGGUGUGUGUGUGUGUGUGUCAGGGUGUGUGUGUGUGUGUCAGGGUGUGUGUGUGUGUGUCAGAGUGUGUGUGUGUGUGUCAGGGUGUGUGUGUGUGUGUCAGGGUGUGUGUGUGUGUGUGUCAGGGUGUGUGUGUGUGUGUGUGUCAGGGUGUGUGUGUGUGUGUGUGUGUCAGGGUGUGUGUGUGUGUGUCAGGGUGUGUGUGUGUGUGUGUCAGGGUGUGUGUGUGUGUGUCAGGGUGUGUGUGUGUGUGUGUGUGUGUCAGGGUGUGUGUGUGUGUGUGUCAGGGUGUGUGUGUAAGGGUGUGUCUGUGUGUGUCAGAGUGUGUGUGUGUGUGUGUCAGGGUGUGUGUGUGUGUGUGUCAGGGUGUGUGUGUGUGUGUGUGUCAGGGUGUGUGUGUGUGUGUGUGUCAGGGUGUGUGUGUGUGUGUCAGGGUGUGUGUGUCAGGGUGUGUGUGUGUGUGUGUCAGGGUGUGUGUGUGUGCUCUGGAGGCGAAUCCGUCUGGAUCAUUUUAAAGCAGAAGAAUCUCUCGUCACAUGUUGUUUUUCUGUUUAGUCUGGUUCUUUCUGUGUGUGUGUGUGUGUGUGUGUCAGGGUGUGUGUGUGUGUGUGUGUCAGGGUGUGUGUGUGUGUGUGUGUGUGUGUGUGUGUGUGUGUGUGUGUGUGUGUGUGUGAGCAGGUGUGUUUGUGAAACAACCUGAAUGAUGACAAAAAUGAAAUCUGCAUUUUUAAAUAUCUUGUUUACAAUUAUGCCUGUGAUAAAAUUAAAAGUAUUUCUAUUAUAUAGAAAGUGUUUCUGUUCUGCUUCCUGUCUGAGUCAUGAUUGGUGCUUUCGUCGCCAUGGUAACGACAACAUCCUGCAGUGAUGCAUGAAUUCAUGCCAAAGGAGUCCAGACCACGUUCUGCUUUGAUCACAUCCAGAAUUAAAAAGCUUUAGUUUUAUUGGUCUGAUCAUUUAAUAUUUAUCUAAUAAAACUCUUGCAUUUCCACCAACUGUUUGUCAGAAUCAUUAAAUAAUCAGGUUUACCUCUGAGUUGCUAUAGAAGUCAAAUAAAAAGGUUUGCAUCACA